AUGGCAAGCCACACCCCACCGACCGAUCCUCCGGCCAAGCGACCUCUGAGCAGAGCCCACAACCCAGUGAGAAAACUUCGUUCACUGGGGACGGGUCACCAGGGGGAGCAAGGCUGGGAUGACCAUGAUCAGGUGGCCAACUCCAAGACCCCCACGGAGCAGGUGGGGGAGGAGGAAGAAGAGGAGGAAGCUCAGGAUACAGAGGUCCAACAACAUUCUUCUCAACCCUGGAAAGGGAGUAAGUACAGGCGACGAGCGCCGGUAUCCCUGCGGAACUCGCCAUUCUCCACUGCUAUUCUGCAAGAGCCCAUGGAGAAGAUCAAAAUGCUGACAUGUAAGUAUGACGGCAAGACUGACCCGGAAGAUCAUAUAUCGGCCUAUGAAGGGCACAUGCUGCUAUACACCGAUACUGACUCAGUAUGGUGUAAGGUGUUCCCCUCUACGCUAACUGGGCUGAGUCAGACCUGGUUCAAGAGUAUACCACCGGCAACAAUCUUUGACUUUCGCCAGCUAACAUCAAUUAUCGUUACACACUUUGUUAGUAACAAGCGCAGGGAGAAAACUACAGGCGAGCUGAUGUCGGUCAAGCAAGGGGAGACAGGAAGUCUGAGAGACUAUGUAGGGCGUUUCAACGUAGAAGCUGUCACCAUCGCCACUCUGCAGCAGGAAGUUGCCGUCCUAGCCCUCAUGAUGGGUUUAAAGGAAGGGACCCCCUUCAGAAGCUAUUUGGGCCGUAAAAAGCUGACAAGUCUUACAGAGGUCUUAGGCAAGGCGAAUGACUUCAUCCGGGGGGAAGAAUUUAUCAAAGCAUCAAAUACUAAAAGGCCUGCAGCAGAGGAGAAAGACAAGGAAAAAGACCGUAAGGACGAUAAAUACCAGAAAGAUAAGAAGCCGGACACCUCCAACAGAAGAGAGGAAAGUAACUCUGUGAAGAAAGGCCACGAAGGUCGACCUGACAAAUACCACAAUUACACUCCUAUCACGACAUCCUGGGCUCAGAUAUACGAGUUGCAUAAAGAUGAUGAUAAGUGGCGGAGGCCUAGGAAAAUGUACUGCAAGAGCCGGGAUAAAUUGAAGUGGUGUGAGAUUCACAGGGACUACGGCCACAUAUCCGAAGACUGUAAAGACCUCAAGGACGGGAUCGAAGACCUCAUCAGAAGAGGCUACUUCACCCAGUACCAAGCGAGGAUCGACCAGAAGUCUCCAUCUAGAGAGGAUGAAAACGGUGAUAGAAGGCUGGUGAAAGACAGGAUCACUGAAAUCCAUGUCAUAUCUUGGGGGCCGACAAGCGGAGGAAGCAUACACGGUGCCAAAGCUAGCCUGAAAGAAGUAAGGCACCAAGUGAACUACCACAAUGCAGAGAAGUGGCCGGCACCUCCAACCAUGCCAGCUGUGGCUUUUACGUCGGAGGACGCCAAGGGCAUUGUCUACCCCCAUGACGAUCCCUUGGUAGUAUCUCUGCAUAUAUCAACCGCAAUGGUACAUCGCGUGCUGGUAGAUGGAGGAAGCUCUGCCAAUAUCCUGUAUAAGGAGACAUUCGAAAAAAUGGGAUUCGACAUUGCAUGUCUGAAGCCGGUCUCAUAUCCGGUUAUCGAUUUCACAGGGGCAUCUGUCGUCCCAGAAGGAACCAUUAAGCUGGCUGUAAAACUGGGGGAAGGAUCUCAUUCUAGGGACCUGAUAGUGGAAUUCCUCGUUGUUGACGUCCCGGCAGCGUACAACGCCAUCAUAGGACGUCCAUUGAUUCGUGAUGCCCAAGUUGUGGUAUCAACCUACCACCUUACAAUGGUCUAUACCUCCAACGACGGUAACCCUGAGAAGGUCAGGGGGAAUCAGGAAUCAGCAAGGGCUUGCUACUUGACCGCUCUCAGACACUCCGAUCAUAAACGUCCCGCUAAUACACCGCCAUCGGAGUGA